AUGGCCUUGAAGAAUGAACCAUCGGCAGGCCUUGAGAAGGUACUCUCUCAGAAUUCGCAAGACUCCAUCCAUAAGGAAGACAUCGAGCAGCCGCAGCAAGCUGCAAGCUCACAGGAGUGGAGCGAAAAGGAAGAGAAGGCUCUUGUGAGAAAAAUUGACUUCAAUGUAUUUCCGAUGCUGUGCAUAAUCUUUGGCUUUUCACUUCUCGAUAGAACCAACAUCUCCGCAGCAUAUAUAGCAGGCAUGUCUGAAGACCUGAAGCUCUCAGUUGGGUGGGUUGAGACUGCCGUAACUGGAGAAGCACACAUUGCUGAUGAAAAUACGGACAGUUCUCGAUAUUCAAUUGCGUUACUUGUUUUCUUCAUCGGUUAUGCUCUGUUCGAGAUUCCAUCGAACAUGGUCAUUCGACGCAUUGGAUCACGCGUCUGGCUUCCUUUUCUCAUCAUUGUUUGGGGCACAGCUGUCCUAGCUAUGGGAUUUGUGCACAGCUGGGUGUCACUUACUGUUCUGAGGGUUAUUCUCGGGAUAUUCGAAGCGGGUUUAUAUCCUGGAGCCGUUUUCAUCAUUGCCUCCUGGUAUAAGAAGUAUGAGAUGGCUGCGAGAAUCUCUUUAUUUUAUAUGGCGGCUCUUUUAGCCUCUGGCUUUGGUCCCAUUUUUGCGUAUGUAUUGUCCUUGAUACGCGUGGGGGAUGGGAUGUACCGGCAAGGCUGGAGAUGGACUGCUGCUGCUGUCCUCUUUAUGUUGCUUCUUGCUGCUAAUAUUGGUGGUGUAGUUUUCAUUAUUGAAGGGAUCCUUACAAUCGUUGCUGGUGUUGUGGCACCAUUUUUCCUCGUUGACUUCCCAGAAAAGGCGAAGUUUUUGAACGAACGACAAAAGCACAUCGCUCUCACUCGUCUGCAAGAAGGGCGAGGAAGUGAGAAUCGCGAGCAUGUAACUAUGGGACAAGUACUGCAUAUGCUAAAGGAUUGGAAGUUAAUUGUCUUCAGCAUGCUCACGGCGAUUCCCAGUUCUUUCCAAUACUAUGUGGCAGCUGUCACUGUGUAUGCACUCGCAUAUUUUCAACCAAUCAUCCUACGGCAAGGGAUGGGAUAUAGCUACGCCUUGGCCCAACUCUUGUCCAGCCCGCCAUAUGUCUUCGCCACAAUAAUGAGUUUAACCACAGCAUGGCUCUCUGACAAGCUGAAGAUCAGAUGGCCAAUUAUCUGUGCACAGUGUACCGUGGCAGUUGUUGGCCUCGUGAUCGUCCUUUACGGCAAGGCCCCCGGAUUUCGCUACUUCGGUCUCUUCCUGGCGGUAUAUGGAUCUCAAGCAAACGGACCGCAAUUUCUAGCAUACGGCCAAAAUCAGACAGCAACACUGAACAAGAAAGGUGUGGUUGCUGCUGUGAUGAUCAGCGUGGGGGCUGCAGGCGGCGUGACCGGAAGCACGAUCUUUCGAGCUCAGGAUGCACCGGCGUACAUCCCCGGAAUGUGGACGACUAUCUCACUCCAAAUUACAGCGGGGGUAGUCACAUUUCUGACCUCUAUGUGGCUAAAACGUCAAAAUCAGCUUGCUGCUGAAGGCAAAAGACCGGCUUUGGAAGGGGUUGAGGGUUUCAGAUAUGCCCCAUGA